AUGGCUAGUGUUGAACAAGGUGUUGCUAAUCUCAAUAUUUACAAAUCAAACACAGCUUCCAACAAUUCAUCUGCUGUGAGUUUAAAACAUGACUACAUAGAUACUCCAUUCAGUGGUAAAAAGGCCCAAUUUGAUCAGGUCUUGGAUGCGCUUGACUCCACUGGUUUUAUCCCUGAAUCGUUAUUGGAAUCAGAAGCCAAAUGGUUUUAUGAAUCGUUGGGUAUUGACGAUGUUUUCUUCGCUAGACUGACUCCAGAAGAAAUUGCCGGUCAUAUUCACGCCUUGUACUCGUGUAAAGUUCAAGCCUAUGCCAAUGCUGGUGAGCAACCAUUGAUUUCUUACAAGAGAGAAGCUGAGGAUCACGCGGUUUUCUUCGAUACGGUUGAUGCAUUGGAUUAUGCCAGAAACCCAUUUGAAAGCUUGAUUGACGAUAAAUAUAUCGAUCCUAGCGAUGCUUCUAACAAGAGUUAUCGUGCUGAAUAUUUUUCUGCUCCAUUGAAUUAUCAAACUGAUCCUAUUUUGAAUGGUAUUUACGCCCAAAAUAAGAACCUCGGUGAACAAAUUGUGAGAUUGGCAUUUGUUUACAAAAAUCAAUUUAAAAAUGGUAAAGUUGCUGCUGAUGAAUUGGAUUUGGACAGGAUUGGUGAUGAGACCUUUUUGAAAAUUGCUUCUCAAAAUACCAAAUCUGUAUAUGAAAGUAUUAACAAAGAGGUUAUCAAGUCGACUGGUCCGAUUAUCAAGCAUUUCCAAAUUGAAAACACUGAAGAAUACAGAGUUAUUAUUGGUUACAGACAAAGCACUGCUGCAAGAUACAAUUCAGCCUUGAGUGAUUUGGCCAAUUAUUACAAGUUGCAAACUACCAGAAAAUAUGUUGAACAAUUUGCUAAUGGUGUAACAAUUACCUCGUUGUAUGUCACUUCAAGACUGAGAUCAGCUGUUGAUUUAUCAAUCUAUCAAGUGAUUAAGGAGGCAUCGUUGUUGUAUUGUAUUCCUCACAAUUUCUUCCACACAAGAUUUAUUCAAGGUGACUUGUCAUUGCAAGAGUCUAUUUAUGCUCAAUCAGGAGUCAUUUUCGUUACUCAUUUCUUGAACCGUUUGGGACCAGAGUAUAAGAAAUUGUCAUCAUUAUUGGAUCCUUCAAAGUCAACUGAACAUGCUGAGGUGUUGAGCAGCUUAAAAAAGAGAUUGAGAUCGGAAACUUACACCCAAGAUUAUAUCAAGGAGGUUUUUGAUGUGAGGAGCGAAAUUGUCCGUAAAUUGUACCGUCAAUUUGCUGACGUUCAUUACAUCAGAUCAUCGAUGGAAAAGACUUUGUCUUACCAAAGAUUGUCUCAGAUUCAACCAGUUGGUUCUGAAGAAGAGUUUGAACAGUUGCUUAGUAGAGAAUGUUCACAAAAUGAACACCAUGCCAUUGUUUUAAGAGCUUUGUACACGUUUAACAAGGCUAUUUUGAAGACGAAUUUCUACACCUCAACUAAGGUGGCAUUGUCGUUUAGAUUGGACCCUUCAUUUUUACCAGAAUCUGAAUAUCCUGAACGUCCAUACGGUAUGUUUUUUGUUGUUGGUUCUGAUUUUAGAGGAUUCCAUAUCAGAUUCAGAGAUAUUGCCAGAGGUGGUAUUAGAAUUGUGAGAUCAAGAAAUUUGGACGCCUACAAUGUCAAUGCCAGAAACCUUUUCGAUGAGAAUUACAAUUUGGCAAACACUCAACAACGUAAGAAUAAGGAUAUUCCAGAAGGUGGAUCCAAGGGUGUGAUUUUGUUGGAUUCAGGUUCAGCCCAAGAUCGUGCUCAAGCCAGUUUUGAAAAGUAUAUCGAUGCAUUGAUUGAUUUGCUUUUGAAGCAACACAUUCCAGGAGUGAAAGACAGUUAUGUUGACUUGUAUAACAAGCCGGAAAUUUUGUUCUUGGGCCCUGAUGAAGGAACUGCAGGAUAUGUUGAUUGGGCCACUUUACAUGCCAGAGAAAGAGGUGCUCCUUGGUGGAAAUCGUUCUUGACAGGUAAGUCGGAAGCAAUUGGUGGUAUUCCUCACGAUGAAUAUGGUAUGACUACAUUAUCAGUUCGUGCCUAUGUCAAUAAGAUUUAUGAGAAAUUGAAAAUUGACGACUCCAAGAUUCGCAAGUUUCAAACUGGUGGUCCCGAUGGUGAUUUAGGAUCUAAUGAAAUCUUGUUGUCAAGAAGAGAGGUUUACGUUGGAAUUGUUGAUGGAUCCGGUGUUAUUGCUGACCCAAAUGGGUUGGACAAGGAAGAAUUGAUUCGUUUGGCUAAAGCAAGAAAGACUAUUGAAAAUUAUGACAAAUCAAAAUUGUCAUCUCAAGGUUACAUUGUCCGUGUUGAUGAUUUUGAUGUUACUUUACCAAGUGGGCAAGUUGUCACUAGUGGAGUUGCUUUUAGAAACACUUUCCACUUGAAAUUGAAGGAACAAUUUGGAACCAACGGAGUUGAUCUCUUUGUUCCAUGUGGUGGUAGACCAGCUGCUAUUGAUACCAACAAUGUUCAUGAAUUGAUUGAUGAAAAGACGGGUAAAUCCAUCAUUCCUUACUUUGUCGAAGGUGCUAACUUGUUUAUCACUCAAUCGGCCAAGUUGGUUUUGGAAAAAGCUGGCACGAUUAUUUUCAAAGAUGCAUCGACAAACAAGGGUGGUGUUACAUCUUCGUCAUUGGAAGUUUUGGCAGCAUUGGCUUUUGAUGAUAAAGGAUUUUUGGAAAAUAUGUGUGUUGAUAAGCAAACUGGUGCUAAGCCACAAUUUUAUCAAAAAUAUGUCAAGGAUGUCCAAGCUAAGAUUGUUGCAAAUGCCAAUUCUGAAUUUGAAGCAUUGUGGAAAUUGAAGAGUGAAACUGGUAUUCCAUUCACAAUCUUGUCAGAUAAGUUAUCCCUUGCUAUCAACAAAUUGGGUGAUGAAUUGGCCAAUUCGAAAGAACUUUGGGAGGAUGAUGUUGAUUUCAGAAAUGCGGUUUUGUUGGACUCAUUGCCACCUUUGCUUUUGUCUACUGUUGGUAUUGAAAAUGUGUUGGCUAGAGUUCCACCAGCUUAUUUGAAGGCUAUUUUUGCAACUUAUUUGGCAUCCCAUUUCGUUUACUCAAGAGGCAUUGAUUCAAACCCGGCUAAGUUUUUGGAAUUUAUUAGUAAUAUCAGAAAGGGAUUUGUACAAAAGGGUUUGUUAAAGUAUUGA